AUGUUCUUCAUCUUGAUUUCUUUCUCAUCUUUCUUUCCCUCUGCUAUGGAUUCUCUGAUCAAUGUUGUUCCGACUCCCCAUCAGUUUGUCGCUCUUAAGCGAAAAUAUAGAUUUCAUCCGGAGAAUGGCGUGGCGUUUCCCGGUGAGAAUUCUAGUUUCAUUAAUCCUCCUGAGGGUAAAUUGGUGUUUAGAAGAGGGUGGGUUAUUUGGAUGUGUUGGCUAAGAAAUGAAUUGGAAGUCUUCGGUAUCGUGAGGUGGAUCUUGUGGAUAAGUUCUUGUCGUCUUUCACCUUCUGUAAUAAAGCUUUUAUUGCUCAUGCUACUGCCAUUCAAGAUGUUGAGUGAUGCCGAGCCGUUACGUAAUCUUCGCGGUCAGCCUCAAUCGAUCAUGUUGGUUUGGAUGGUUGAGGUUAUUGAUAUUUAUGAUGAUGUGAAUAUUGAGAAGGGUUAUGUUCCGGAUUCCAAUGUAUAUAUGGAUGAUGUUGGUAUUAAUCAUACAAUUACCCCUGAGGUUUCUAAACUAAUUGAUGUGAUUGUAGGUGGGACUGGUAGUGUUUGUGGUGCUCAAUUUUUUGGUUUUGGGCAUGGUGGUUCUGUUGUGGUUGGUGAAGGAGAGGAGCAAGGAUCAAACUCUGUGGGUUUUUUCCCUUAUUGGUCUUUGAUGGAUAAUUCUCUUCUAUCUGUGUUUGAUGUAGCUAUUGACUUUACCAAGAAUGUGUUACCCUAUGGGAUAGCAGUUGAGAUGGCUAGUUAUUCACUUUUUGAUUUUGUUAGGUCGCUCCGUUUUGCUGCAGCCCAAAGUCCUUGCCGUUUGCGGAGGGUGUUAAUCGUUUGGAGCAGUUUCUUAAAAGUUAUGAAGAGCACAACCAUCUGCAAAAGGAGAUGCAUACCCUACGUUUAG